AUGAAAAUCCUUGUGAUAUUUCUGGUGGUGUUGGCCAUCUUUGGGACACAUGGAAAUGAGGUUUAUAACAUCAUCAGCCCAACCAAUGAUGGUGGCCAAGUUCAGGAGACAAUGACAAUUGACAACGAAAAAAAUACUGCCAUCAUUAACAUCCAUGAAGGAUCAUUGUCCUCUACCACGAUUUUUGACUACAAACAUGGCUACAUCGCGACCAGGGUACUCUGCCGAAGGGCCUGCUACAUCCUGAAGAUGAACCAUCAAGCCAUCCCUGCUCUGGACCAACUCAAACGGUACAUCUUCGAGAGGCAGACUCUGAACAACAUGCUCUCCAGCAAAUACAUCUGGGUCAGGUACAACCCACUGCAGUCUCUGAUCACAGAUGUGAGCUGGUUCCUGUUUGGCUCGCCCAUCAAGCACCUCUGUGAACAUGUCCCCUUGUAUAAGGGAGAAGUGGUUGAAAAGACACAUUAUGACAGUGCUAAAGGCUGUGCCAAGGCUGGGCUCCGGAACAUCUUUGACAUUUCCAUCUGCGCAGACCUUCACAUUUAAGGCAUCAGCCCACGGUCUCAUCUUUUCAAAGAAAUACGCCAUUGAUUUCUAGUCCACAGCCAACUUCAUUUCUUUCU